CGCUGGCUACCUAUAAAUACUAGCAUCUUUUGCAUCAAACCGAUCGAAAGCUCCAUCCUUGCGACCUUAACUACAUAUAUGUACCUACAGCUCAUUCGUACUACACAGCUCCGAUCAGCUAGCUGCUAGCAAUCUAGGACCAACCAAGCAAAGCAUCACGAGAACCAUGGCACCCAACAAGCUCACCACCCUUCUCCUCGCCGUCGUCCUCUUGGCGCUCGCCGCACCGCCGGUUGCCGGCGACCCCGACAUGCUCCAGGACAUCUGCGUCGCCGACUACAAAUCCCUUCAGGGCCCGCUGCGGGUGAACGGGUUCCCGUGCAAGCGCGAGGCGAACGUGACGGCGGAGGACUUCUUCUUCGGCGGGCUGGCCAAGGCCGCCGACGUGUACUCCGGCAACCCGAUGGGGUCGGCGGUGACGGCGGCGGACGUGGAGACGCUCCCGGGGCUCAACACCCUGGGCGUGUCCAUGGCGCGGACCGACUACGCGCCGUGGGGCGGCGUGAACCCGCCGCACGCGCACCCGCGCGCCACCGAGAUCCUCUUCGUCCUCGAGGGCACCCUGGAGGUGGGCUUCGUCACCGCGGCGGCUCCGAGCCGGCUCCUCAGCCGCACCGUCUCCCGGGGCGAGGUGUUCGUGUUCCCGCGCGGCCUCGUGCACUUCCAGCGCAGCGUCGGGGCGGCGCCCGCCGUGGCCGUCUCGGCGUUCGACAGCCAGCUGCCCGGCACGCAGGCGGCCGCCGCGGCGCUGUUCGGUGCCGCGCCGGCGGUGCCGACGGACGUGCUGGCGCGGGCGUUCCGGACCGACGCCGGGGUGGUGGAGAGCAUCAAGUCCAAGUUUACGCCCAAGUAGGGCAUAGAUAGGAGUACGUGACAUUAUUAGUUGCCAUUACGUGCCGCGCGCGUACGUGAAGGGCCUAAUAAAUCUGACGCUUUCCACAUUUGCUUUAUACUCUACUUUUACUUUAGUUGGUGUCUGGUUCAGUACUCCAUAUAUGUUUUUUUUUUGCGAUGAAAAGAGAAGCUUUUAUUACUCA